GUGCAGGAGAGGAGGGGAUUUCAUUUGGCUCCUGAACGGUUGCGUUUUCACAGAGCGAGUCGCAUUCAACAGCAAACACUCGCACAUCACACUUUCUCACUUACAGGGGCAGGAUUGUCAGCGAGCGCAGCGCGGUACCCUGUGGGAUUUCUACCAGUAGUGGACUGGUCUGGUCUGGACCUCCAAGCUAUUCGCAAACACUGUGCUGGGAGGAUGAACAGGGAAACACUGCUUUAACGAGAGCAGAGAGGAGAGGUCACCAGUGGUGAACAAAGCUACUACAAAACUAUUUGGAGAAUGGAAAACACAUAAGGAAAAGUAUAAACUCUUGUAGACUAUGAAGGAAAAUGCUGUGUAAAGUUUGUGGACAAUUUGUAAAUGGAAUAUGCCCUGAAAUAUUGAAACUGCUGAUUUCUCUAAAGGCAAUUUCAAAGGACAAAGGUAAGACAAAUCAAUUGUGAUGUUUCAGAGGAUUUUAGUCCAGAGCAUCAGAUAUUUGAGCUAUUUUGGACUGUUUUGAGCGGCUGGCGUGCACUACAUUUACCAAAACAAACAUUUAUAACCUGCAAACCAAACCAACUCUGUCUGUUUCCAUGAUUCAUCAGUCACAUUUGUGAUUGAUUGAACUAUGUGAGUGAACAACUCCAUACAAAUCAAUUCUGUUGAAAAACUAUGUAACGUCAAUUAGGAUUAGUUUGUGUGUGCUUGAGAGACAUUAGAUCGUUUCUUCCCAACCUUGUUGGUCUGUCUCAGACUCCAAGCCUUUGACCUCUGGUCUGGCCCGCUAUAGAGGACGGUUCUAAAGCCUCAGCACGGCCCGGAGGAUGAGGAUGCGUUGUACCAUGGCGGCCUGCCCCCUAUCCUGCCUCCUCCUCUCCUUCCUCCUGACGAGGUCCAGCCUGGCCCAGGACCUCACUGGCUCCACCACCAUUGACACGGACACCAUCCAAACCCAGACAGCCAAUCAGACAGCUCCGAUGACCCCCACCACAGCGGAGCCCGUCACCAUGCUAGUAACCACAGAGUUCGGUGGCGUGUCGACGCCUAGUGGUGACAUUGCGGACGAUGAGGACGUCAUCCCGACCAAAGGCACCCUUUGCCAAGGUUACUACGACGUGAUGGGCCAGUGGGACCCACCUUUCAACUGCAACAUGGGCGUUUUCCUGUACUGCUGCGGCACCUGCUUCUACCGCUUCUGCUGCCAGUUCAGAGGGCAGCGCCUCGACCAGAGCAUCUGUUCAAACUAUGACACGCCCAUCUGGGCCAACACGGGCAAGCCCAUCACCACGGUGACCGAGGACCACAGUGACCAGGAGAGGGAUCGAACCCACAUGAUCGUCUAUAUCAUCUGUGGGGGGGUGGCCAUCAUGGUGCUGAUGGGCAUCUUCACCAAGCUGGGCCUGGAGAAGAUCAGGGGAUCAGCAGGGGCACAGAACGACGUCAGCAACGCCAGGGAAUAUGACCUGUUCCAGAAGUUGAGAUGGAGAGAGAGAGAGCGAGGAGAAGAAAGGCACAAAGGAAGAGAAACAAAGCGAGGGAGGAGAUCACAAUAUGACCAGAGGACCAUAACAGAGCUUAUGAAGCAACCCGGAGGAGAGGUGGGCUCAGUGGAAAGUACAAUCACCAACCCCCCUAUCGGAACCAACGGCAUCUCAGCUAGGAUGCUACGCAGCCGCAGUGAGCACUACCACCUGAACAAUUCAGCCUUCUAUCCAGGAAUGCCUCACCCCCACAGCAACCUCAGUGGACUGGGCCUCAACAAGUACACCUCCCUCAGGGCUGUGGCAGACACUGCCUCUGGGGGCUACUAUAAGAGCUACCCUUUGAUGGACUUCUCCCAGUACCAGGCAGGACCUUCAGCCUUCCAGCCCAUCUCCCUGCACCCCAAAGACAAGUCCUACCUACACCAAGACCACCACCAGCUCUCCUCCCAGCACAACCUCCACGCCCCCCUCUCCAUCUCCAUCCCCCAGAGCCACCUGGAGAGGUCCUGUUUACCCAAGACCACCAGCCACCCCCUGUUCUCCAGCUCAGCCUUCAAAGCCUGGGACACCAGUGGACGCCACAUCCAGAGGCAGACCUCCCACCCUGGGCACAUCUCGGCCCAGCGGCAUGCCUACUCCACCAGGAGACAGCACAGUGUAGAGAAUUUCCCGGAGCUGUUCAACCACCCUGUGCCGUACAGCCACCCAUCCUCCUACCACCACACCAGGCAUAAGAGCUACUCCACCAACAGCAAGACGGAGGUCACUGUCUGAGCAUGGAACUCUGAGUUCCCCUGUGCAGACAAAAACAUAGAAACAGAUACAAAUAUGUGCAACGAUGCAUCAGCAUCGCCACUUAAGUACAAUAACUCAACCACAGACAUCAUUACGACAUUGAUAAGGCAAGAGAAACACCGUCGCUCUCUGAACACCUCUGAGCCUCAGAACACGGACACUCUCGGUCUCUAUGUCCACCACAACUCUGUGUGGCUCUAAACCUUUCGCUAACUAGCUACAUCUCUCCAUGCAUUACUCUGUGGUCUUGUUCUUCUUCCUAUAUCCUCUAUUUCCCACUCCCACAACAAUGCACCAGCCCCCCUCCUCCACCCAUAAAAGCAACGUGUUCAGGCCAUUAGAGGGAUGAUAGCACCCCAGGGACACAUUAAUUCAACAGGGACAAUGCCAUUGUCACAUCAGCUCCAAUCAGCCUCUGCUCCAGCGCUAGACAGAGAGAGAGAGGGAGGGAGAGAGCAAGGUAUGGAGAGAGAGAUCACUCAAGGAUCUUCAGAGAAAAGCCGGAUGAAGG